GAGCACCGGAAGGAAAACAGGCAAUAGACCAGAGUACAAACCUUAACGCUAAGGAGACCAAUGGGCAAUCACAGUGCUAAUUCAGAGGGGGAGAGGAAGCCAGUGGGCGGGACUUCCUCCUGGACAACUGAAAGAAGCCAUUGCGGCCCAGGUGACCCGAAAGCCUAAACUGUUGGGGAGCGACAGCGUUGAUGACAGUGACUCUGAAGACUAGCCUGACACACACACUCCCAAAAAGAUAAGGUUGUCGAAAGAGAGAACCAUUGGUGCUACUCAGUUGGCCAAACCACAUUGGAACAAGACUGGAUGAUGCCAUCAGUUCAGUGGAGCUGGGAUGAAAGCAGCUCUAUCAGCAGCGGGCUCAGCGAUGCCUCGGACAAUCUCAGCUCGGAAGAGUUCAAUGCCAGCUCCUCACUCAACUCCCUCCCAACCACACCUACUGCUUCGCGCAGGAACUCUACAGUAGUGCUACGCACAGACUCAGAGAAGCGCUCCCUGGCAGAAAGUGGGCUGAGCUGGUUUAGUGAAUCAGAGGAGAAGGCCCCCAAAAAGCUGGAGUACGACAGCGGCAGCCUGAAGAUGGAGCCUGGGACUUCGAAGUGGCGGAGGGAGCGGCCUGAGAGCUGUGACGACUCAUCCAAGACUGGGGAACUGAAAAAGCCCAUCAGCCUGGGACACCCUGGUUCCCUGAAGAAGGGCAAGACCCCCCCGGUGGCUGUCACUUCCCCCAUCACUCACACAGCCCAGAGCGCCCUCAAAGUCGCAGGUAAACCUGAAGGCAAAGCAGCAGACAAGGGUAAGCUUGCGGUGAAAAAUACCGGGCUACAGCGCUCCUCUUCCGAUGCUGGCCGGGAUCGUCUGAGCGAUGCUAAGAAGCCCCCUUCGGGCAUUGCUCGCCCCUCCACUUCGGGAUCCUUUGGCUACAAGAAGCCUCCUCCCGCCACAGGCACAGCCACCGUGAUGCAGACUGGUGGCUCAGCCACUCUCAGCAAGAUCCAGAAGUCCUCAGGCAUCCCCGUGAAGCCCGUAAAUGGACGCAAGACGAGCCUAGAUGUGUCCAACAGCACAGAGCCCGGAUUCCUGGCUCCUGGGGCCCGGUCCAACAUCCAGUACCGCAGCCUACCGCGGCCAGCCAAGUCCAGUUCUAUGAGCGUGACCGGUGGGCGGGGUGGACCGCGCCCUGUGAGCAGCAGCAUUGAGCCCAAUCUCCUCAGCACCAAGCAAGCAGGCCUUACUCCCUCCAGACUGAAGGAGCCUUCCAAGGUUGCCAGUGGGCGGGCCAUGCCAGCCCCUGUCAAUCAGACGGAUCGGGAAAAGGAGAAGGCCAAAGCCAAGGCAGUGGCCUUGGACGCAGACAACAUCUCCUUGAAGAGCAUUGGCUCCCCGGAAAGUACUCCCAAGAACCAAGCAAGCCACCCCCCAGCCACCAAGCUAGCAGAGCUGCCACCAACCCCUCUCAGGGCCACAGCCAAGAGCUUUGUCAAGCCACCCUCACUAGCCAAUCUAGACAAGGUCAACUCUAACAGCCUGGAUCUACCGUCGUCCGGCGACACCCACACUGCAAAGGUCCCAGAUCUGCAUGCCACAAGCUCAGCAACUGGGGGUCCUCUCCCUACUUGCUUCACCCCCAGUCCGGCACCCAUCCUCAAUAUUAACUCAGCCAGCUUCUCCCAGGGCCUGGAGCUAAUGAGCGGUUUCAGUGUCCCAAAGGAAACCCGCAUGUACCCCAAACUCUCAGGCCUGCACAGGAGCAUGGAGUCCCUUCAGAUGCCAAUGAGCCUGCCCAGUACCUUUCCCAGCAGUUCUCCCAUCCCCACCCCACCUGCUGCUCCUGCUGCACCUCCAGAGGAAGAAACGGAAGAGCUGACCUGGAGCGGAAGCCCCAGGGUGGGACAGUUGGACAGUAAUCAGCGGGAUCGGAACACCCUUCCGAAGAAGGGGCUCAGGUACCAGCUUCAGUCCCAGGAGGAGACCAAGGAGAGACGGCACUCCCACACCAUUGGUGGGCUGCCCGAAUCCAACGACCCAGCAGAGCUGCCUUCCCCCUCUGCCCUCUCCGUGUCCCUGAGUGCAAAGGGCCAGCUUACCAACAUAGUGAGUCCCACUGCGGCCACCACGCCAAGAAUCACUCGCUCCAACAGCAUCCCCACCCACGAGGCGGCCUUCGAGCUGUACAGCGGCUCCCAAAUGGGGAGCACCCUGUCCCUGGCCGAGAGACCCAAGGGAAUGAUUCGGUCAGGAUCCUUCCGAGACCCCACGGACGAUGUUCAUGGCUCCGUGCUGUCCCUGGCCUCCAGUGCCUCCUCCACGUACUCCUCAGCUGAGGAGAGGAUGCAGUCUGAGCAAAUCCGGAAGCUUCGUAGGGAACUGGAAUCGUCCCAGGAAAAAGUGGCCACACUGACAUCCCAGCUUUCUGCCAAUGCUAAUCUAGUGGCUGCUUUUGAGCAGAGCCUGGUGAACAUGACGUCUCGCUUGCGACACCUGGCAGAGACCGCCGAGGAGAAGGACACGGAGCUGCUGGAUUUGCGGGAAACCAUAGACUUUCUGAAGAAAAAGAACUCUGAGGCUCAGGCAGUCAUUCAGGGAGCCCUGAAUGCCUCAGAAACCACACCCAAAGAACUCCGGAUCAAGAGACAAAACUCCUCGGAUAGCAUCUCAAGUCUCAACAGCAUCACCAGCCAUUCUAGCAUCGGCAGCAGCAAGGAUGCUGAUGCCAAAAAGAAGAAGAAGAAGAGUUGGGUCUAUGAGCUUCGAAGUUCCUUCAACAAAGCCUUCAGUAUAAAAAAGGGACCCAAGUCAGCUUCCUCAUACUCUGAUAUCGAGGAGAUCGCCACACCUGACUCCUCAGCCCCCUCGUCCCCUAAACUGCAGCAUGGCUCCACAGAGGCUGCCUCACCCUCUAUCAAGUCCUCCAACUCGUCCUCUGUGGGCACUGACGUCCCCGAGGCGCCUGCUUACUCCGCUCCCCCCACGAGGCUCUUCCACACCAACGCGGAGGAGGAGGAGCCCGAGAAGAAGGAAGUAUCGGAGCUGCGCUCUGAGCUGUGGGAGAAAGAGAUGAAGCUCACAGACAUCCGCUUGGAGGCCCUCAACUCUGCCCACCAACUGGACCAGCUUCGGGAGACCAUGCACAACAUGCAGCUGGAGGUGGACCUGCUGAAGGCGGAGAAUGACCGGUUGAAGGUCGCCCCUGGCCCUUCCUCAGGCUCCACUCCGGGGCAGGUCCCUGGAUCCUCUGCUCUGUCGUCCCCUCGCCGCUCCCUCGGCCUUGCACUUACUCAUCCCUUCAGCCCAAGCCUCACAGACACAGACCUGUCACCCAUGGAUGGCAUCAGCACCUGCGGUCCAAAGGAGGAAGCGUCCCUUCGGGUGGUGGUACGGAUGCCCCCUCAGCACAUCAUCAAAGGGGACUUGAAGCAGCAGGAAUUCUUCCUGGGAUGUAGCAAGGUCAGUGGAAAAGUUGACUGGAAGAUGCUGGAUGAAGCUGUUUUCCAAGUGUUCAAGGACUACAUUUCCAAAAUGGACCCAGCCUCCACCCUGGGUCUAAGCACUGACUCCAUCCAUGGCUACAGCCUCAGCCACGUGAAACGAGUAUUGGAUGCUGAGCCCCCAGAGAUGCCUCCUUGUCGUCGAGGUGUCAAUAACAUAUCAGUCUCCCUCAAAGGUCUGAAGGAGAAAUGCGUGGACAGUCUGGUGUUUGAGACGCUGAUCCCCAAGCCCAUGAUGCAGCACUACAUCAGUCUCCUGCUCAAGCACCGUCGUCUUGUGCUCUCGGGCCCCAGCGGUACGGGCAAGACCUACUUGACCAAUCGACUGGCCGAAUACUUGGUGGAGCGCUCUGGCCGCGAAGUCACCGAGGGCAUUGUCAGCACCUUCAACAUGCACCAGCAGUCUUGCAAGGAUCUACAACUGUACCUCUCCAACCUGGCCAACCAGAUAGACCGGGAAACAGGGAUUGGGGAUGUGCCUUUGGUGAUUUUAUUGGAUGAUCUGAGCGAAGCAGGCUCCAUCAGUGAGCUGGUCAAUGGGGCCCUCACUUGCAAGUACCACAAAUGUCCCUAUAUUAUAGGUACCACCAAUCAGCCAGUAAAAAUGACACCCAACCAUGGCUUGCACUUGAGCUUCAGGAUGCUGACCUUCUCCAACAACGUGGAACCAGCCAAUGGCUUCUUGGUGCGUUACCUCCGGAGGAAGUUGGUAGAAUCAGACAGUGACAUCAAUGCCAACAAGGAAGAGCUGCUUCGGGUGCUGGACUGGGUGCCCAAGCUGUGGUAUCACCUGCACACCUUCCUCGAGAAGCACAGCACCUCCGACUUCCUCAUCGGCCCGUGCUUCUUUUUGUCCUGUCCAAUUGGCAUCGAGGACUUCCGGACCUGGUUCAUCGACCUGUGGAACAACUCUAUCAUUCCCUACCUACAGGAAGGAGCCAAGGAUGGGAUCAAGGUCCACGGGCAGAAGGCUGCUUGGGAGGACCCAGUGGAGUGGGUCCGGGACACUCUUCCCUGGCCAUCGGCCCAGCAGGACCAGUCGAAGCUGUACCACCUGCCCCCACCCACUGUGGGCCCUCACAGCAUUGCCUCACCUCCGGAGGAUAGGACAGUCAAGGACAGCACCCCGAGUUCUCUGGACUCAGACCCGCUGAUGGCCAUGCUGCUUAAACUUCAGGAGGCUGCCAACUACAUUGAAUCUCCAGAUCGAGAGACCAUCCUGGACCCCAACCUCCAGGCAACGCUCUGAGGGUCCAAGAGUCACUGUCACCCCGGACAGCAGGAGGCUGGCGUCAGCUUCGUUAGCUCCUCCUCUCCCCUCUUCUCUCAAAGCACUGGCUCUCCGGCCCUGGGAGGAGAACAGGAGGGAGGAGGGAGGCAGGAAGAGGGGCAGGUUCUUGGUGCUGCACUUUUGAGAACUUCCUAGUAGGGAUUUGGUGGGGUGGCGUUUGGGAACUUGUGUCACCUAAACACAUUGACUGGCCUCCUCUCGUGACUUUGGGGAAAAGAUGAUUCUGGGUCUUUGCCUUGUUUUCUUGUUCCAAUUACAAACUCCUGGGCUUUCUGAGGAAGGGUUCAGAAGACAUCAAAAGACUGCAGCAGUUCCUAGCUAAUUCUCACAAGCAACUCUGAGACAGACACAGGUGGGGACGUCAGAAGGCUCAGAAGCUUCGCUUGCUGACUUUCUCGCAGACCCUUCCCAAUUCUGUCACCACUGCCAACAGCUCUUCCCCCAGAGAUCUGGCUGGAGCCCAGAAAAGAAGCAUGUGGUUUUAAAAAAUGCAUAAAUCAACCUGUAAAUGGUAACGGGCAAUGGAAAAGAUGAAGCUGGAGAAAGGGGACCCAGUUGCCAAGGCAGAAAGAGCUGCCAGCUUUUGCCUUCUGGAUGACAUAGGGGAUGUUGACAAGAUGGCUGCCAAUCUAAGAAGUCACCAAACCACAAAAGUGACAUUACAGCCCUCAGAGAAAGACUACUGGCUCUGUCUCCGCCUUCUAAUUUAACAUGCAUGAGAGUCAAUAAACCCUACUUUUUUAUUUUUUAUUUUUUAAUUUGUUUCUAUUUUUUCUGCCAUUUGCCUAUUUAUUUUUCUCUCCCUCUCCCCCAUUUCUUCACACAUCCAUGAGAUACUUGAGUUGCUUUUCCAGGGGCUGGACUGGCUUUGCCAUGUGGGCUUUCUAUGGAGAAUCUGAUGCCAUCUAAUUGGUACCAGCUAGACACCUGCCAUGCCACCAUCUUUGGCAUCCUCGGGGCUUACAUAAGACAUAAAGUACCAGCUCACCAGUAAUGGGAGAAGAGGCACUCAGUUACCUUGACUUUCCUUUUGGAAAAACACAUGUUCUGCCUGGGAGCUCAAUUACCAACCUCUGGCCUAACAAGAUCUGUUCUGAGCUUCAUUGUGGACUGGAGGAAAACCUGGAGCUUGGAAAUGCUCCUCUGUCUUGUAGCCCAUUUGCCAACUCACUGCACUAUUUGAACGGUAGCCACUUUGCCUGACUGAAUCGGAAUUCCCUGAAUCAGCCUUUAAUUAUGUAUUUGUUGCUGAUAGGUGAAUAUUCACUUAUUAGAAACUGAACAUACACAUGCGAUACUCCAAAUAUGAAUACAAAGUUCAAGGAGUUUGAUUUCAUGGUGAAUAUCUGCCUUCCAAAGCAAUCCUACUUCUUAUAAAAGUCAUCCUUUUCCUACAGCCCUGAAAGUAUGGCAGUCCACGCUCCUUCUUUGGACAAGUACUUACUGAAUACUUAAAUUUGUGUACCAGUCACUAGAUGAAAAACAAAAGACAGACCUUGGGCCCCGAGGUUCAUGGUCCUAGGAAUGUUUGGAGUGGGUGCACACCCACUGUGUUAUCUGGACCUUGAGGAUCAUCUAAGAAGUGGAGCUGAAACUCACAAAGAGUCAGCUAAAAGGUAGCCUUUGAUUGGAUGUCCAAUAUACUGGGGACAGAAGAUCUGGGAUCGAUCAAGAUGUGGAGGACCAUGGGAUCUUGCUUGUCUGGAGUGGGCAAGUCUACUCCUGCUGUUUCUGAAAGCCCUAAGGGACCAGAUUCCAGGCCCGGUUGCCCAAAAGGCUGAAUUUCAGGGCUCUUGCGGAUCAGGGAAAUGUGAUGACACUGGAAUUGAGUGUUUGCUCUUCAGAUUCCUAAGUAGCACAAGACUUCAUCAGAAUCUAUAGGCAUACUAACUUGGAUUGCUGUUCCACCAACCAACCUAGGAGUAGACACAUACAGAUCUUAUGUCAGAAUAUUUUCCUUUAUGUCAACAAGAUGGUCUGCACCCUCAGAAAAGCUCUGUAGUCUCAUCUGAUGGCACCCAGGGAUGACAGGGUCCUCUGUGCAAGAGGACUGUAGUUGCUCUUGCUGCUAAUCCCCAUGAGCUGUAAAGACCAACCAACUCAGCUGUAAAAUAUGCAAUCUGUGGUGGGAAGAGGCCGUUUGUCCAUGGAUGGUGCUGAAAUCACUGCCUUAAGGUCUCUGCUAUGCAGAAUGAGGAGGCCCCAGGGCUGGGUGUUCCAAUUUGAAAGGCAGGGAAGACUAGACAGGCCUACUUUGGGCAUAGGCCUCUUCUAAACCCCAUCCUAAACUCCAGACCCAUGGUAAGGCUCAGACUUUUAAUGCCACCUUCACCCGAUGGUUGAGCCCCUAGCUCUUUUCUGGUGCUGCCCAGCCAGUGCCUUCUGACAUGGAUGUUACUGGCUACUUGAGGAAAAGGAAGGGGGUGAACCCCUCCUUCCGUUCCAACUGCCUCAGAUCACAGAAGAUUCUUGUGUCUCUGGUAACCAUGGAUACCACCAUGAAUCUUUUUGGAUCCUUAGCAGGUUGUUUCUGGAGGCCUCUCAUGUUAGGACUUUUCAUUUCUCUUCCUGGGAUUCGCCGCCAGUCUACUCUCAGUUCAUUGCUGCACUUAGCCCAGGUCUCUCAUUGCUUUCCUCCAGAAAGUGUGUUCCCAUCUGGUAAAGUGGCAGCAAAGCCUCAGAUUUCCCUCUGGAGCCUGAGAACCUGUUUACAGUUGCACAUCUGGGCCUCUGGUGGUGGGGACCGAUGGUCUCACAAAGGAAUCGUGGUUAUGUGGCAACUGCAGAAAGUUGAGCCUCCUCAUGGUGCUAUAACCCCUUGGGGUGCUCAUCCAGACUUCUCUGAAGCAUAAAAACCAAGCUGCCCCCUCGCUGCCCUAGAAUUAAUGGCAAGGAACAAAACCACAGCACUGUUUCCUGCCUACCCAUCUACUUCUUGGUUGAGACUUCUGGGAUCCCAAGGAAGAGGAAAAACUGGGUCCUCUAGCUAAAUUCUCAACCCCCAAGCACCUUCAGAAAAAUCCAGCCUAAUUCCGGAUUUUGUGCUAUUCUGUUCCUAUCCAGCCCCCAACUUCUUCCUCACCAAAGCUGGCUAGUAGAGAGCAAGGUUUAAUGCUUGACAUCAACCCGAAGAGAGAGCCACAGCUCCAGGAGAGGUUCCUCGGCAGAGACCCUCUCACUUCUUGUGAAGAAGACCAACAAGAUGUGUCCAAUGUAUUUGUUUCUCAGUCCCUGCCUAGGUACUAAAAAUAAAAUACUAGGUAAUUGGAGGCUAAUAUGGGACCUGAUGUCUCUGUGUGUGUGUGUGUCCAUCCCAGUGUGUCUGUGACACAAGAGCACUUUCCUGUUGCUGUUCCCUAUCUUCUGAGGCUUCAUAGAGUAUUUUUUAAAUAUCCAUGCUUUGUGGCAUCUCUACGGUGCUUAUUUUUGUCUUCGUGUAAAUCUUGAUUACCAGUGUCCUUCAUCUAGUCUAACCAUUGGUAAGGUAGAGGCUGGCAGGGAAAACUACCUAAAAGUCCAUGAUGACGCCCUGUAUAGUGAUGUCCUUAUUGGUUGGGAUAGUACAUUUUGGUCUUGAAUGACCAACCUUCUAUCUGUACUCCUUAAAAACUUAAAACAAAGUGAUUUUUUUUUUCAUUUCUUUCAUUCUGGAUUUCCUGCCUUGCAAGAGUCAUAACGGACCAAUCUCACCACGAGCUUACUUCUAGCUCCCUGAGGCAAAAGUCACAAUACUCAGAGGCACACCCCCUUCCACUGGUCUGAGAAGUAACAAUUUCCCGUGGAAUUCCAAAAGAGUAAGAAGCCAGCAGCUGUAGCCUGCUGUUUCUCACCGACAGCUCACGUUACCUGGAAUAUGGCACACAGGUACAGCAACCUGGCACAUGGGUAAAUGUGGCCUGAUUUAAUGGGACUCAGUCCUGCAACCAGGA